CGCCUAUACUCGCACCCAGCCUCACUACCCUUACCUGUGAUACUCGUUCCUCACGCCGUCCACCACUCCUUCCGAUCAACAGCCUCCUCGCCCAGCAUGGCCGACGUCGCCGUCGAGAACCCGGCGAACCAGGUGCCUCCUCACAAGAAGCAGCUCCCGUCGUCCAUACCGAACUUCGAUACCCUCGAGGGCUUUGCAACUGAGGGCGCCGAUGACUACUCCACAUUCAAGAAGCUCCAACGGCAGCUAGAAUACAUCCACCUCCAGGAGGAGUACAUCAAGGAUGAGCAGAGGAGUCUCAAGCGGGAGCUGGUACGAGCACAAGAAGAGAUCAAGCGCAUUCAGAGCGUGCCACUGGUGAUAGGGCAGUUCAUGGAGGCUAUUGACCAGAACACCGGCAUCGUACAGUCGUCGACAGGCUCAAACUAUGUCGUCCGAAUCCUCUCCACGCUCGACCGCGAGCUCCUCAAGCCCUCCUCCUCCGUCGCCCUCCACCGCCACUCAAACGCCCUCGUCGAUAUUCUCCCCCCAGAAGCCGACUCCUCGAUAGCAAUGCUCGGGCAGGACGAGAAGCCUGACGUGACAUAUGCCGACGUGGGUGGCCUGGACAUGCAGAAGCAGGAAAUCCGUGAAGCCGUGGAGCUCCCUCUGACGCACUUCGAUCUUUACCGUCAAAUCGGCAUCGACCCGCCGCGCGGUGUCCUCCUCUACGGCCCCCCAGGGACGGGAAAAACCAUGCUCGUCAAGGCCGUGGCAAACAGCACCACCGCCUCCUUUAUCCGUGUCGUCGGCUCCGAAUUCGUGCAGAAGUAUCUCGGUGAGGGUCCCCGCAUGGUGCGCGACGUAUUCCGGAUGGCGCGCGAGAACUCCCCGUCCAUCAUCUUCAUCGACGAGAUCGACGCCAUUGCCACGAAGCGAUUCGAUGCCCAGACUGGUGCGGACAGGGAAGUCCAGCGUAUCCUGCUCGAGCUGCUCAACCAAAUGGACGGCUUCGACCAGACGUCCAACGUCAAGGUCAUCAUGGCGACCAACCGCGCUGACACGCUCGAUCCCGCGCUACUCCGUCCCGGGCGAUUGGACCGCAAGAUCGAGUUCCCCAACCUCCGCGACCGCCGCGAGCGCCGCCUCAUCUUCUCCACCAUCGCUAGCAAGAUGAGUCUGAGCCCCGAAGUCGACCUGGACAGCCUAAUCGUGCGGAACGACCCGCUCUCCGGAGCCAUCAUCGCGGCUAUCAUGCAGGAAGCCGGGCUACGGGCCGUCAGGAAGAACAGGUACAACAUCAUCCAGAGCGAUCUGGAGGACGCGUAUGCUUCGCAAGUCAAGGGUGCCCAGGAGGCGGACAAGUUCGACUUCUAUAAGUAGAUAGAAGAAAUACAGCGUGUGGGUGAGCGAU